GACCCUCUUCGAUAGAUGUGGAUGCGGCGGUGAUACUUUACGUCUGUGACAAUUCCUCCAGUACCUUUUAAUCGCGUAACCGCUUGCGCGGAAGCUGGGCCUUCUGACCUUGACCGUUCAGCUCGCCGUGCGAUGUUGACCCCACACUCCUUUCCCCAUUGGCAGCUGUGGUCUGUCAACAUUCUGCUACUCAUCUCCCGCGCGUCCUCUAUCGCAUCGAACAGAACUAUAGACGACACUUUCGGCGACUCGGCGACUGGAGCUCUCCCCAUAUACUCGCGGAGCUGGAGCAAAGGCCAGAAUUGUCCUUCAUGUUUGGCACAACCUGAUAAGAACGCAACCUUCGAUCACACCUGGCACGAUACAACCUCCAAUAGUCCGCCAGAUAGUCCUGCCCACAACGUCAGUAUUGUUUUCCAUGGCACUGCGAUCUGGGUGUACUGCGUGGUGCCAAACCGGAUCAAAGACGCUACCACGCUCGUAAAUAUCACUUUCGCCCUGGACGGUGUUCCCGCGGGCAGCUAUCAACAUAUGCCCCGGAACACAGCAACGUACGACUACAAUGUGACCGUCUAUGAGAACACGAUGCUCAGUAACUCGAUCCAUACGCUCGUGAUGACGGCGGAGAACGACCCCAAUCCAUCUAUUCUCCUCUUCGACUGGGCUUUGUAUACAGUCGAAGAUGGCUCGGAUACUCAGCCCUCAUCUAGUUUAUCUCAAGCAACGAGUCUGAGUGUUAACACAGAUACACCGACCUCGAGUGCUUCCUCACAUGCCACGACGUGGGGUGCUGCUGGCGAUGCAACCGCCUCGCCUCAAGUGAGCGUGAGCACAGGCCUAGCUUCACAUCCCCACAGCAACACGUCCGCUGUGAUCGGAGGCGUCAUAGGCGACGUCAGCUGUUACCAGGUCGACUGUCCCUGAGGGUUCGUGAUAGCUUGGACGGGAAAGGAGAGGAGGCAGUCAUUGAGCCAUUCAUGGUAUUUCGUCAAACGAACGAGGCUCCCCGAACGCCCGCGCCGGCACGCCUCCCCAUGAAGGGAAGACUGGCCACAGCCGCUGCAUCGUGGAAAUGGCGCGGCGCAAGUACCACCAACAGCUCGGAGCCUGGACCAUCGAUCGAACC